GACUUGGAGUAUCUUAAAACACUAUGAUACUAUGAUUUAAUAAAUGACAAAUUGAAAAUAAAUACUACUAAAUUUGAAACUCUUUUUCCUUGCAUAUUGUUUAGAUAAUCAUUUUCCUGAAAAUGAUUGCUGCAUAUAUAUCCUUGAAUAUUGAGUAGGAACAAAAUCGGCUCUUCUCAAAGCCGAUAUCCAUUCAUCUCUUAAUGUGCCUGGAUUCGGAAAACUGUAAAUUCGAAUGUUUUUCAUCAGUUUUCGUUGCUUUAUAUGGAUAAUAAAACUUACUGGUGAAAUUUUAUGUUCAACUCUUUCUUACUUCUAACUGUACAAUUAUAUGCAACGCAACAUUGAGGCAUGAUGGAUGUUCUCAAAAGAACAAAAAAUUUGAAAGUCUUUCUUUCCCUCAAAAUAAAUUUAGUAGCAAAAUUCCACUAAAAAGUCUCUUCUUCUCACUAGAUUCUCUCAAAAUAAAAGUACACUGCCUUCGUAAGUAGCAAAAUUUGUAGAGCAAGUAUUCACAAUUCUUUCCUUUAAAUUCAAAUUUCAAAUAACGAUUUAACCUUCGAGUUGAAAGAGAGGUAUAUUGUUCUCUUUCUCUAAGGCAAUAAAUCAAGAGAGUUGACAGGCAGCCCACACCGUUGUUCCAUCUCAUUCGUUCUCUCGACUUCUCUCUCUAGCGCGACGUCCAUGGAUAUUAGGUCUAUGGUCUGGUCAGCCCACUGUUUCGUUUCGACCAAUAGCAAACGGAUGCAAGUUGUGAACUAGCCGCUCCUCAUAAACGCUACUGAAUUCUUAGGUUUAGUUUUUAGUUCAUAGUUCUUAGGUACGGUUCAUAAAUCCGCCAUUAAAGACUAGUAAAGUAUAGUAAUCUGUGUUAGAAUACUUCGGCGAUUGAGUAUUAACAUCUAAUUCAAAGUUAUCAAGGUGGUCAUUCAGGUUUUUGAAUAAGUUCAGUUUAUUUUAAUACUAAAUUUAGUUUAAUUGAGUUAUAUAUUUCUUAUUCUCGAUACCAGUUUAGGCAGUAUCAUGAGCAUCAUGAGUAAUGAUAUUGUAUUUCGUUAUUCAAUUACUGCAUGUAAUGAUCAUUUACGAAAAUAUAUAGGGCUUAAUUUAUGCGAUGUAGGAACCGAUUACUUAUACAAUAGUCCGUACACAUUAUUUAUACCCGAAAUAGUUAUUAAAAACUACCCAGCCCCAUCGCCAAAAAUACAACCAGUACUAGUCGAAAAUAACCAACAAGAGACUGUGCUUGGAUUGGUCAACUUACUUUUGUUAUCUUGUCAGCAAAAGCUGACUGAAGCCGAUUUUCGGGAGUCUAUUCUCACUCUUGGUUUUAAGGAUGAUGAAGAACUCAUAAUGAAUAAUUUUUGUCAACAAAUAAAAGCUGAAUUACUUCGUCGGAUGAGUAAUAAAGAUGCCCAAUUUGAUGACUUCGAGUGGAGACUGGAAGUAAAUGUUUAUUCUAAAUUUGUACGUAAUAAGAACAGAGCAUUAAUAACUAUGGAUUUUUUAUUGGAAAACCAAAAAGACAACCGUUUGUUUUAUGAUACGAAGAAUUUUAAGAAGCACAAUGCAAAGAAAGGUGUUAGAAACCUAUUCUAUAUUUGUCAAGAAAUAGAGAGGUCUCUGUACGAAUCUAGAUCAGCAUAUUGUAGAAAACUGAGAAAAACCAAAAUAAAAUGAUAAUAAUA